GAUGCGGACCCUGCGCUGGCUGGCGGCCCUGUCUGCUCUACUGGGGCUGGGGCUGGCCCCGGGGGCCGGGGGGGAGGCAGGCCCGGCUGCGAUUUGCCCACCGCGGAUCCGGCUGAACUGUCUCCUACAGCGGCGUAAGGGCUGCGGCCCCGGGGGGAUCCGGAGCUGUGGCCCCUGCAUCCGCCCCUACCAUGAGGACCCGGGUGGGGACUGUGUCCUCGAGACACCGCACAGGAACGGCGAUGGACCCAAGUUGGACGCUAGACCCAGCGACCUGGCCACCCUCAUCCGCUCCAUGGUGGCAAAAAAACAGAAGGGAUCCAGGACCCCUGGGACCGAGACCCCGCAGCACGCUGGCUCCAUGGGGAUUGACCCCCAGGUUCCUUCGGUCACCGAGACCCCCCCUACUUCUCCCCCUCCCCCCACUGCUCCCCCCUCCACCCUGACGCCCGGCUCCAGCCCGCCCCAGACGGAGGAAGAUCUGAACUCGCGUCCCCCGGCUUCCCGGCUCAAUGAGGCCGUGUCUCUGCUGCUGGUGUUGAUGUGCUCCGUGACCGGGGUCUCAGGGCUGCUGGUGGCUGCCCUCUGCUGGUACAGGUUGCAGCGGGAGGUGCGUCUGGCCCAGAAGUUGGCAUAUACGGCGUAUCGGGGGAAUCAUUAUCGAUACCACCAGCCCGGAAUGUACAUGGACGCCCGGCUGGCCCAGUCCUGCCAGGUGCACCAGUACCAGCGCCAGAAAAAGAUCCUGACCAAUGAGGAGAGCCCCCCAAAGCCCGUCCAGCAGCUGUCGACAGAGUCAGAGACUGAGAACGGCGACUUUACUGUAGUGGGGAGAUGGAAAUCCACAACCCGCUCUUCAACACGGCGUCCGCCCGGCAGCGCUGCCCCCCCUAACCCUGUCCCCCCAUUAUUCAGCCCCCGUCCCCCGGAGCAACACGGCGCCCCCUGGUGGAGAAAAUCUGCUCAGAUUUUGGCAGCAUCUUCCCCAAGAACCCGCCCCCCCCCGCCCCCCGAGCGACUCGGGGCGGGGGAGGUUAAAGGUGAAGGGUCAUCACUCUGAUGCGGGGACCCCCCAGGGACCCCCUCGCUCCUCUGCUCUCUACCCUCCCUGCAGUCCCAUCUGUCCAGAGCAUGGUUCCUUUCAGGGGGCAGGGGCUGUGCUAUGGGGCUGGUGCAUAUGGGGGGGAUAUUGACUGGGGAGAGCUACACAAGGUAGGAACCAUAGGAGGCUCUUAGUGGGUUCAGGAGUUGGGGGGAUUGGAUUUGGGGUGACACCAAGAGAAAAUUGACCAGGGGGCCCAUAUAGAAGGAUACUGACUGAGACUAAACAGUGUGUGUGUGGAGGGAAAGCUCUGUGGGGCAGACACCAUGGGACCCCCCCCCCCAACAGCCCACUCCCAGCAGGCCAAAGAGGGGGCUGGUGGGUACCAUGAGAUCAGGGCUCUAUUGAGGUGACACCAGGAGACAGCAGCCCCUAUAUAAGGGGUAUAUUGACCGGGGGAACCUAAAUAGGGUAGGAACCAGGGGUGGUGUCGUGCUGGGAUGAGGGUGGCGGGGGGGGGACAUGUAUUGAAGUGACACCCCAGGGCGAUAGUCACCAGGAGGCUGAUAGAGGUGGCUAGUGACUGGAGGGGAAUCAUGGGAGGAGUCAUAGACUCAGAGGGGACAGGGACUUAGGGGGACCCAUUUUGAGGCGACACCAACUCCCCCCACCCACCCAACAGUAGUUGAUGAGGGGGCCGAUAUGGGGGAUAUGGACCAGGAACCGCCCCUCUCCCAUACACUCUCCUUCCCCCUAAGGCCAAGCGAGCAGAGAUUUGGGAGAUCCUGGCCGUGUGCACAACGGCCCCGCGGCGUCAUCCGUGUGCUGGCGGCCGGGUUCCCUCAUCCGUGUCGCCCCUGGGCGUCGGCUCACACGCGUGUCACAGCCGUGCUCAGUCAUGUGGCUGCCGGCUCAUCCGGCAGGGCUCCGGUUGUCUGGCCAGCCCCCACGCCCCGGCCUGUCGGAAACAUGGGGCAGGUCUGAGCCCCCCAGCAGGUCUGAGCCCCCCCGCUGACACAAACCCGCUCUGGUCCAUACAGCGGCUUUACCAGGCUCCCGUGGGAGAUCGGAGGGAGAUGCUCCCUGCUCCCCCCUGCCCAGCUGCCCCCCCACCCCGUUUCCCACCCUAAGUCCUGUUUACUCAACGCUCCAACUUGGAAUAAAAGAGAACAGCAAAAG